CUUUUGAGAAGCCACUUGGUCCAACAUGGCUUUGAUUAGCCAAAAAAGUUUCCAGUUUUAUUCAUCCAGCACACCAGCAAGCAGGUCCAUUUUGAUGACCCUAAGCAAAAGGUUGAGCUUUAUCAGCGGGCAGCGAAAGCCCCAAAACUGUAGCUCCGUAGCCAUGAGGAUGCUAUGUUUCAAAGAUAAAUCUCAGUAUAUGUUUUGUAGAAAAAACCACGUACAGCUGCGGAUACAGUCUCUUUCUGUUAAUGACACUGUGCAUCUCUGUGGAGAUACGGGGAGCGGUCCUAAAUCUGAUAACGGGUGGAUAGAUGAACAACUAUUUUUCAAGAAGUUGAACAGCCUUUGUACAUCGAAAGAGAUUUUUGACUUUCUCAGCUCUCUGGAAGUCAUGUCUGAUACUAUGGCAUCAGGAGCCUUGCAGAGGAUUUCUGAAGUUGAGGUGGAUGACAAUGGUCUGAAAAACCCUGAGGGAGUGUUAGAGAAUGAAGUUUUCAGGGCAUUGUGCUUCCAGUUUGAAUUUGAAUCCUCAAAACUGUCAAACACUGGGCUGCUGAAUGCAUUGCAAGCUUUAAUAAAGCUGCGUAUAGAUCCCCAGAGCACGCUGAUGGCAAGCUUGCUUUCAGAGGGCGAGGGACGGCUUGGUAAAGGACAGUUGACUGUUAAAAAUCUGUGUGCUCUUGGAGAGAGUUUGCUUGAGUUGGAAUGCCCAAGUUGUGCGACGCUGGGACAAAUUGUGAACCACAUGCAGGAAAAAGACAUUGAGAAGUGGAGUCCUAGGGAAAUGGUGAUGGUUUAUAAGAUUCUGCAGGUGACUGUCAGGGAAGGGGAACAAUACCAAGACUUGCUGAACAGAAUGAACAGUGUCACUUUAACAAUAGUUUCCCAGCUAAACCCAGAGUUCACAAGCGUAAUACUAAAUUCACUGGUUGUUCUUCAUCAGACUCGGGCAGUUCCCUUAGUGACAGCACUGUGUAGGCAUUCAGUGAAGCAUAUUCCAUAUUUCACAGGGGAUGAACUGGUAAAUGUACUGGAAGCCUUCCUAUACUUUGGACAUCGUGAACAAAUGUUUACAGAGGCACUGGAAACACAUGUUCCUGAGGCCAUCUUUACCAUGCAUCCGCAAACAGUCAGCAAAGUCAUGCAUUAUUGCUGCCGAAAGAUGAUCCUUUCUAAGCCCAUCUUUGAUGCAGUGGCAGAAGCUUUCAUUUCCAAUGCUGACAGAUUUACCACCGACCAGAUUGCUGAGUCUAUUGUACCAUUUGGGACUCUUAACUAUCUCCCUCCAAGUGCUCCUUCCUUGUUUAGGAAGCUUGAAACCAUACUGUAUACUCGCUUUCGUCACUUUCAGCCUCACACCUUGCUGAACCUGCUGCACUCGUGUGUCCUUAUUCAACGUUACCCAGUAAACUUUCUGCCAAAAAUAUUUAGUCCCUAUUUUCUGCAACAGCUUCAAGGCUGUGUCGUGUCCAACUUUUCAGGUGGGGGUAAGGUAGAACCAGCUCAGCCACCUGGUCUGGACAGAAUUGUUACCGCCCAGCUAACCCGGAUUUUUCUGACUGUUACCCUGGAGUGCCCAUUUUAUGAGGGUCCCAAACUCCUUCCAAAAUAUCAAGUGAAGGCCUUUCUCAUGCCUCACAGUACCCUGGAUGUUCACCUCCUCAAAAGGGUGAAGACUGGAUUACUUUAUUUACUGAAAAAAAGAAUAUAUUUUUCAUCAGAGGUAUCAACACCAUAUUUCUAUACAGUUGAUAUUGAGAUUAAAUUAGAUGAAGAAGGUUUUGUAUUACCUGCUACCCAAAGUGAAGAGGUACACAGUCGAAUUGCCCUGUGUGUUGAUGGUCAAAACAGAUUUUGCAUUAAUAGCCACAAUCUGUUGGGAGAAGAAGCUAUUAAACAGAGACAUCUUCAGUUACUUGGUUAUGAAGUUGUGCAGAUUCCAUUUUUUGAGGUAGAGAAUCUACAAAAUUGCAGAAAAAUGGCAGAAUAUCUACACAAAAAAAUCUUUCCUCAUACAUAUGGACUCAGCUGCUGACACUGGAGAAUAAUACUAAAUCACAGAUUGACCUCCUGUACUAUAGAGUGUAAAUGUUGUGUGUGGAAGAACAAUUCUGUUUUCUAAAUAACUCCACCUAACAUAAUCUGAGCUUCUCAAUGUGAGACCUUCCAAUAUUUGGAACACUUGAUAUGUAAACAGUAAU